AUGGACAUGAACGGCAAGGACAUCAACUACUCCGGCGACGGCGGUAUUCAUGGCCAGCUUAUCCGCAAUAACGGCUUCCAAGGCGACAAUCCUGGAUCAGCAGCUUAUUCGGCAAUCUCGGGAACCACACUGGAAGUCGAUUCUUCAAUUCCCCUCUCUGACGCUCUUCCCAACACACUCAAAGUCAGUAUCGAAGCUGGCGCCACAGGGCAGGUUGGGUUCGCCAAUGAGGGUUACUGGGGCAUUCCGGUUGAUGGCAGCCCUCACUCGCACAACAUCUUCAUUCGUGGCAACUAUCAAGGCCAGAUGAACUGGAUUUUGCAGAGUGUUUCCACCAAGGAGGUUUUCGCGAACGUUACUUUCUACGUCGACUCCACCACCGACAAGUUCACCGAGUUUCACCAACGUGAGCCGACUACUUUCUCGUCGUUGACGGACAUAGAGUACAGGAUGACCUUUGAUGCGGGCCUUGUCGCCGGCUCUUCACUCUGGUUUGCGCUUCCGCAGCUCUAUCCUACCACCUUCCACAAUCGAACUGCGGCUAAGGUCAAUGAUCUAGCUACAACGGACUCAAACCAUCACUGGCCGAAGCGGUGA